UCCUGUCUGUGUACGGCUCUGCAAAGCUUGUUGAUAACGAGGGGCCUGAAACACUGACUCUGAGCCAUUUUUAUUUCAUGCAUUGUUCCUAAAUUUCUGGAGCAAUGAUAUUUCGGACAGUAGUAAUGCAUGCUAAGAAGCACCCUGGUCUCAUCCCGCAGUUCUUCUUCAUCUGUUUGGGAAUGGGCGGGGCAAGUCUGUAUCUGAUCCGGUUGGCCAAAGGACCCCAUGUCACCUGGAACAAGACCAACAACCCUGAGCCUUGGAAUAAACUUGACCCCACAUACCAGUACAAGUUUGUGGCCAUCAACACUGACUAUGAAAACCUGAAGAAGGAAGGACCUGAGUACUGAAUGUCUCUGGCCUUGUCUCGUAAACCAGAGUGGAAAAGUAACAGCAAAUCCCGAUCUAGGGUCAGAUUCACUCCCCCUCCCCCCCUUUAUGUCCUCACUGAACGUGGAAGGUGAAAUGGAUCCAAGAUCUGUAACCCUUUAGUGUCUCUAUGCCUGUGUGAUGUUUGCAAAGCAGCCUGUGAUCUGGUAAAUGUGACGAGGAUUGUCAGUGAAGGGAUCCUGAAGGCACAUGUGAAUGUUGAAAAAGUUGUACAUUUCUACAUAAUUACACUCAUGCAAGAGAGAUAUGACUCAUGCUCCCCACUGCACCAGACAAGUGGUAUUGCAUGUCUAAGCCAAUUGAAUUGAAAACGAAGUUUCAGUACAUUAUUUUAAAUGUUUCAGACAUUAAUUGGUUUCUGUUCACCUCUGUAAGAUGUGAAUUUAACAGACAAUUAACAAUUGACAGACUCCUAAAAUCUGCUGUGUUAUGCAAAUAACAUGAGUCUCUUCAGUCUUUAAAACUGCAAUGCAUGCAUCUAAAAAUGGUCAUCAUAAUUGUAGUUAAAGGAGCAGCAUGUGGGAUUUAGCGGCAUCUGUUGGUGAGGAUUGCAAAUUGCAACCAGUUGAAGCUUCUCUUAAACACAAAUACUCAGUGUUUGUUUGUUUUGUCUGUCCUGGGCUACUGUAGUAGCAUGGAGGAACAUGCAACAUGGAACACUCCGUGGACAAAGACCCGCUUCUAUUGUAGUUAUAAAGAGCUUGUUCUAAUGUUGUGUUCAUACCCAGCGUGAAUAAAGCAAUCAGCACAAGUGAAUUACAUGUAAAGUCAAUGUAAAGACGUGAUUGGACGCGAAUUCCCACCGAGCAGCAUGAUUGGCACAUGAUGGACACGAUGGGAAUGACACAAAAUGCAAGAAUUAAGCAGCGCAAAUAAAGCAAAUAGCGCGAUUGUCACAUGCUUAUUUCCGAGGGUUGAAAAAUCGGAACUUUAGUGCUUCAGGGACGUAUGACGCCAAGGAUUUACCAGCGAAAGUUCAUUCAUCGAUUCAACGAUUUCAUGCGUGCUUGACGCGAGUUAUUCACGUGAAUGAAGCAAGUCAACACAAAAUAUUCUAGCGUGCAAACUCGCGCGAGUAACAGGACGCAAAAAUUCGAAAAUUACUUGGUGUGAACACAACAUAAAGCAGGGAAAACAUAUCAUAUUAUAUUCCAUUUCUGCCAGUAUGUCCCCCUGAAUCCUACGCAUUGGUCCUUUAAGGAGCUAAAACCUACAAACACCCUCUACUGAGGGUUGUUGUCUUCUUCUGCAGAUUAAAAUGUAUGUUUUCCCAUAUGUUCUGCAAGUAUGAAGCUUUAAGUAAGUCAACUUUCGAUAAAAUCUAAUUGGCCUGCUGCAGUGCAUGAUGGUCAAAUUAAUGUGACCUGACUGCAUGUGUUUCUUCAUAACUGGCACGUGUUGUUGGUUUAGCAGCCACUAACUUCAGCAAUGACUGUGUAAGUUAUGAUAUAAAAAUGCAGAGAUGUAUAAACUGGGCUGAA